AUGUCCUCCGGCUCCGGCUCCGGCUCCGGCGCCGACGCCUCCGACCGCGACGCCGCGCUCGACCGCCUCUCGGGACCGGAGCUCGUGGCGCACCUCCGCGUCACCUGCCGCAGGGCCGACUACGACGCGGCCGCGCGGGUGCUCGCCGCGCGCGACCGCAGGCUCGCCGACGCGGAGGCCAGGCUCGCCGAGGUCAGGCCGGGCCUUGCGGACGCGCUCGCGCAGCUCCAGGCCCUGCGCGAGGAGUACCUCGCGCUCAGGGCGGCGCGCUGCGGGCCGACCGGGCGCCCCUCCGGCUCCGGCGGCGCGAUCGCAGGCCCGGCGCCGCGGGGCGACAUGCGCACCGAGGUCAUCGAUUUCUGCGACAGCAGAGGCGACGACGACGACGGGGACUGGGAGGAGGGGGAGUUCCGCCCAGACGUCGCGGGGGUUUCUUGCAAGGCGAAGGGGCGCCGCGCGGGGGAUUCUUGCAAGAGGAAAGCGCCCGUGAACAUGGACUCGUCCGACGCCGACGACGAAGACGAUAGAAUCCCUCUGAGCCAGCUUAUCAAGAAGCGGCGGGGAGCUGAGCCUGUGCCUAAUGGUGAGCCCAAGAAGGGACAGCAAGAUGUGCAGGCCAAUUCCGUCGGACCUUUGGGGGAUCAUCCGCCGGAAAGGCCUCCCGUAAACAGGGGAGACCCCGAACCAAGUGCUGGGCAGAGAGCUGGUGCGUCUCCCCAGCUAAAGGUGGCAAAUUUGGCGAACAAGAAGGGGGAUAUUUGCCAACCGAGGGAGGGCGGAGGACUCUCCAGGACAAUGCCGGCUCCCCCGCCCACCGAUUCGGCUGCAAAGAACAGCCCCCGGAAAAAAUUCUCCAAGGUUGAUGGUGCUGAAGAUGGAGGGAGGAUUGGUAACAAAGGAGGUUCUGCUGCUGGUCCGCCCUUUCAGGUGAGAACUCCAAGCCAUACGGAUACGGCGAGGAGAAUUGUGGAAUCAGCGCGAGCCGGUGCUGAUACGCCCAACGUAACUACUGGUUCUGCGCCAGAUGCAACUAUCAACUUGGUUCCGGAUACUAUCAGAGAGCAGGGGAGAACAAAUGGUGGAAUGCACAAGAUGAAGGCGCCACUGGAAACUAAUGGAAUUGCGGGGAAAUCUUGUGUGGUUCCGGGAGCUAUUAGAGAACAACAGAAAUCACAAAGCCAAGUGCUCAACAUAGAUGUGUUGUCAGGAACUAAUGGCAUUGGGAAGCAAAGUGGUAAGCUCACGACCUGUCAGGAUAACGAGGUCAGUGAUAGAGGCAGACUCAGGACCUCAGAUAAGGCGGUAUCAGCCUCCUUGCAGCCGAACAACCAGCUCACAUUGCAUUCAAAGCAAAUGCCAGUAGAGAGUUCAUUGCCCACCUCCUUGCAGCAGAACAACCUGAUCACGCUGCAUUCAGAGCAAAAGCCAGUAGAAAGUUCGUUGCCUUCAGAAGUUACAAGGCACUGGAAAUCUGCUUCAGAUGUGUAUACCUCAUGUUUAGCAAAUAAUGACAUCUGUAUGCAAGCUGCCUGUGCUCUUCUCCGACAAAAGAAGUUAACGAUUCAAGGAGGACGAAGUGACUUUAGGGCGGCUGGGUUGGCAGAAUUUCUUUUGGAUGGUAACCUUCAGGGGCCACUGAAAAGAACAGCUGAGGAACUAGUGAAGCAUGAUUCUGGGGGGCAGGAUUUACUUGGGAGAGUAGCAAUGGGAUUCUCUGAGCAGCUGUUCAGUAUUUACAGGAACAAAGAGGACCCAUACUUCCGUUGAAGUGACAAAGCAGUAUCCGGGCAGCUGCAUUGGCGGGAUUUCUUUUGGAUGGUAACCUUCAGGGGCCACUGAAAAGAACAGCUGAGGAACUAGUGAAGCAUGAUUCUGGGGGGCAGGAUUCACUUGGGAGAGUAGCAAUGGGUCUCUGAGUUGUUAGUUGUUCAGUAUUUACAGGAACAAAGAGAAUCCAUUUUCCGUUGAAAGUGACAAAGCAGUAUCCGGUAAGGUUUGAAUGUCUGGACCUUAAUGGAAGGUGCUACCAUGUUUUGUUGUGAUGUACUAUGUAGCUCAUGCUGAAAUUAGACAUAAUUGCUGAGUAGAAAGAUUAGCAGUUGUUGCAUUGUGCUUAAAAAGAGCAUACUUAUAAGUGAUGCCGAUUUUAUCGUACUCUUUA